AUGAGAACAGUUUAUAGACAUCAUGGUGGAAAUUUUGAUAUAGUUAUAUCAUAUGAUAAUUCAAUUCCUCAUCUUCUUAUCGACGAAGAUAUUUUAUCUACACUUAAACAAAUAUAUUCUUGUCUACGACCAGGUGAUGGUUGUUUGAUUACAAUUCGUGAUUAUGAUCGAGAACAACGUACUGAUAAAAAUAUUGUUAAACCUUAUGGAAAAGCAAAAAUUGAAAAUGAUAAAAGAUAUGUUGCUUUACAAGUAUGGGAUUUUGAUGAAACCAAUUUUUACCAUUAUGAUUUUACUCUAUAUAUUAUUGAAGAAGAUCUUAAGCCCAAAAAUAUUGUUAUACAUGCAAUGCGUUCACUUUAUUAUGCAAUUAGUUCGGAUAAAUUAAUAAAAUUAAUGAAUGAUGCUGGAUUUAUAAAUGUUAAUCGACUUGAUGAAUGUUUUUAUCAGCCAGUAUUUAUCGGUAUUCGACCAUUUACUUAA